CCACUUAGUCUCCACCCAUCUGAUGAUCCGCCAUGAAGCUACUGCUGUUGUGGGCAAUUGUGGCCGUCUGUUGGCUUCCCAUUGAGGCUGCCAAGAGAAGGACGAAGAACAGUUCCUGUCUGGUGAGAAACAAGUAUCCCCACGAAAGCUCUUGUACUGCACCGCGUCGCGAAUAUUUUGCCUUCCAUCGGGUUUUAUUCGACUGCAUAAAGGUGACCACAAACUGCCGAAAGCUCUACAGGAGGAACGAGUUCCAUACUCUGGAAUCGUGCAGAGAUGCCUGCCACUACCACAUGGCAUUGCCCAAUCCGCCGCCACCCGGAAACGCGACGACUCCUGCACCUGGAGGUGCCUCAGGAGCGCCAGAAGGAGGUGAUGCUGCGCCACCUGCGGCACCAGCAGCCGUGAUUUCUAAAUAAGCUUUCAUUAAAAGCCGUAACAAUUUGAA